AUGGCUGAACGAUUAGUCCCGGCUAUUUCUCUCAAAGACUUCGAUAAACGCAAAGACUAUAUCACCCAGCAGCUCAUAGAAGCAGCGGAACAUACUGGUUUCUUCACAUUGGUAGACCAUGGUAUUUCGAAGGAAGAUGUAGAAGCCCAAUUCGCUAUCUCGAAGGCAUUUUUUGACCUUCCUGCCGAGCUCAAGGCCAAGACUCCGCAUGAUAAUAUAUCCAACAAUGGAUGGGAGUACAAAGCCCAACUGCGUCCCAGCACAGGCACAUACGACCAAAAGGAAUCACUUUGGCUGCAACGCAAGUCGCAUUGGCCAAGUGAUAAAGAUGUACCCCAUUUCAGACAAUCGACCACAGAAUUCAUGAGCAAAUGUGCGGAAAUUUCUGAUCAAGUCUUAUCAUGUUUUGCUAUUGCCCUGGGAUUUGAAGAGGAUUACUUCAAAAUUGCGAAUGAUCCAAGUCAGCCAGACUGUUUGACGCAACUCCGACUCAUCCACUAUCCUGCUUCUGAAGAUGCAGUUGGCACAUGGAGAGCCGGAAGUCAUACCGACAUCGGAUGUCUCACUCUCCUAUUUCAGCGUGAUGGAGAAGAUGGCUUAGAAAUAUGCCCUGGUAGAGAAAGCCACACAAGCUUUGCUAUUGGCGACACAUUUACACCUCUUCCUGCAGAGACUGGCCCGAUUGUUGUCAACAUUGGCGACAUGCUCAUGGCUUGGUCAGAUGAUCGUUUGAAAUCGAACUUCCACCGAGUCCGCGCCAAAGAUGUUGGAAAACCUUCGUCUCGAUAUUCUAUCGCCUACUUCAAUCAAGGUAGACGUGACUUUGUCCUGCAAGGCCCUUUGAAAAAAUAUCCGCCAAUGACUGUUGGCGAGUGGUUUGCUCAGUCUGUCGCGAGGAACUUUGGUAGCCAAGCCAAGGUGGCCGCAUGA